CGAACAACGUCACCACUUCCGUCUUCGCCCACCUUCUUUAACACGUCGACAACAAUGAUUGACCCUUCCAUCCGCCUGCGCCGGGCAAUCCACGCGAACGAUGUGCUGCUGGUCCGGCGCAUCCUCAAGUCGCACCCCCACCUUCUGCACAACCCGGACCACUCGCUCAGUGGCAAUGCAAACUCAAACCUGCACCUGGCCGCCUCCCUCGGCCACAUUUCCAUCUGCAAGCUCCUCGUAGAACUCGGGCACGAGGCGGACAUGCCCGCGCUCAACGACGACCAUCAGACAGCCCUCAUGCUGGCCGCCGCGGCGGGGCACACCGAGGUCGUGCACUUCCUGAGCGAGAACGACCCGAAGUCGAUCCUGCGGCAGGACCUGCGCGGCCGCGACGCGAUCAUGGAGGCCAGCCUGCACGGGCACGACACGGUGGUGCAGAUCCUGCUGACGUACGCGCCGGGCGGCGCCGCGGCCGCGCUGGCGCAGGCGGACCUCGACGGCAACACGGCGCUGCACUUCGCGAGCAGCAACGGCAACCUGCUCGUCCUGCGCACGCUGCUGGCCGCCGGUGCGGAUGCUGGUAGGAAGAAUGCCUGGAGCUGGACGGCAGAGGCUUACAGCGCUACCGUGCAGGCAGAGGUUUAUCUUAAGACGCUGGUCGGGGAGGUGGAACGCCGGAAACAGACGGGCAUGCCCGCCGGGGUGGCAAUGAGCGGCGGAGGGGUGAGGCUGGUAGGGAAGGAGGUCGGCGAUUGAAGGACGGUCUCUGCUCCGGGGUUAAUGCACACACCGGGAGGGAAUGCAUCGGCUGUUGCAAGCUUGGGGUUGCUGGUGGCGGGCUGGUUCCUCGUGUUUCCGAGCCAAUAUACCAACCUGCGUCACUGGCUACUUCAAGACUGGCGAUC